AUAUAUCGGAACUUGCAUCUUACAUAAGUGAACUAUCCCACAAAACAUGUACCCUCACGUCGAUACCAUGUCGGAAAAUCCUCCAACUCCGACCUAUUCAGUCGCCGGACAUCAAGAUCCAAUCCCGGCUUCUGGAAUUCCGGGAGUUCAAUCCCAUCCCAUGACCAUCCAUCAUCAUAUGCGUCAUCAACCAUAUAUCCCCCACAACUUAUCACGAAUUCCCUCCGCUCCGAUACCCGGGCAAUGGACUUCCGGUCUUUGUCAUUGUUUCGACGACCCCGUAAACUGUGCAAUCACUUGCGUAUGCCCAUGUAUCACUUUCGGACAAAUAACCGAAAUCAUCAACCGAGGAUCCAAAUCUUGUGUUUCGAGGGGAUUUUUAUUUGGAAUGUUGUCUAUGGUGGGAGCUGCAUGUUUUUAUUCAUGUUUUUACCGAUCAAAGCUACGGGGACAAUACGAUUUGCCGGAGGAACCUUGUACGGAUUGCUUGGUUCAUUUUUGCUGUGCUGCUUGUGCUCUUUGUCAAGAAUAUAGAGAGCUCAAAAAUCGUGGAUUUGACAUGGGAAUUGGUUGGGAAGCCAACAUGGACAGACAGAAGCGCGGAGUAACAAUGGCUCCUAUUGUAGUUCCCGGGAUGGCAAGAUAAUUAAUGAUGAUGAUCCAUGUUUAUCCAUGCAUGCAUCCAUAUUUCUAUUUUUCUUACUCCAAUUAAUGGCAACCAUGAUUUUUUUUUCUGCCCAUAUAAAUUGUAUGUUUUUGUGUGUGCUUUGUUAAGCUAUAUCAUGCUACUGAUAGUAAUGGCUUCUUGUUUGGUAGUAGUGUGUGCUUAAUUGUAAUCCACAUCAUAUGUAUAUAUAUUUGCAAUAAACAUACAUACUUUCGAGCAAUUUUUGUUGUGGUUAAAAUA